AUGGAAGCCUACAGCCUCGACCACUUCCCGUCAAGUCUCUUGGAGCUGCCCUUCAACUCGCACAGCCGCCAUGCUCGGUCUACAUCCAAGGCCUCGUCCAUCUUCUCGACAGUCUCCUCGGCCUCGGCUGCCGUCUCCGCAGUGGACUCAAUAACAGACUCGGUGUGCUCUCGCUUCACCACGCCUCCGCGCGCCAGCCCGCCGGUCCGCCAGCAUGGCCCCUUGCUGCUGCCCAAGAUCCGCUCUCAAGACCAAGACAUGAGCCGGUCUCACAUGGUGCCCGCCUCGCACUCUCGCUCCAACUCCAUCCGCUCUGCCAGGGCCAGGCUUGCUCACCAGCAGUCCACGCCGCCACCGCCUGCCUCCAAGCCCAUCCACACCAGCCACUCGCGCAGCUUCACCAACCCGGAGACCCUCGCCAACAUGGCCUUUGCUCACAUCUCGCCAUUUGCGACGCCUCCCCCACAGCCGCUUGAUGAGACGCCGGCCUUCCCCUCGACGCUGCUUGGCUCGCCGGCGAGCUUUGCUCAAGACAGCCUGCCGCCGUCUCGCCGCACCAGCUGCACCAUUGACCCUGCCACCAUUGACAAGUACGGCUAUCCCACCUAUCGACAGAUGCCCUUUGUGCCCGCAGCUCCCGCCGCUUCACAGCAGUCAGACUACAUGUUUCCGUCUUACCUCCCCCGUGCUCCGUCGCCGCUGAGUCUGGCCGCCGCCGCCGCAACUGAGGCGACGCCGUCCACGACUCUCAUGGAGCACCUGACAUGUCCCAACCCUGCCGCGUCUCUGGUCCGCACCAUCUCUUUUCCCCUGAGAGACCCUACCAUCAAGCACUUCUGGUGGGACGUCCGCAGCGUCUCCUCAUGGUCGAGCUUCAAUGCCUCCGCCAUCCUCUCCCUCCCAGGCGCAUCCGCCCUGCUCAACGCCCCGGUGCCCGCUCCCCUGCUCCAGACCCCGGCCUUCUCCUCUCGCCACCCCGAGACCGAGGCCGCCCUGCACAGCAUCUAUGCAUCGUACUAUCUCCCCAAGCUCAACUCCGCCCUGGCCAUGUCCUCCAACCGGCCCCUGCAGCUCUCCGUCCCGGCCAAGACGGCCUCGGGCGUCAAUGACCUCAUCUUCGUCGCCAACGCCGUCGGCGAGUCAUCCACCGCGGCCGCCAUCUUCGGCGGCAAGCCCACUGCCCGGGUCGUCGGUCUGGUCCGCAGCUUCGACCGCUUCAACACGGGCAUGCGCGUCGAGGGCAACAUCAAGCGCGUCGACUACCUGCGCGGCCUCGCCGCCCUGCACUAUGCCAUGCGCGAGCACGGCUGCCGCUACGGCUUCAUCCUCACCGAGAUCGAGCUCGUCCUUGUCCGCGCCGGCACGGAGUCGACCCCUUUCUUCGGCGACCUGGAGAUUACCUCUGUCCAGCUCAACGCCGCCGCCUCUUCCGACGACUUCGAGGACGUCCCCCUGACGGCCUGCCUCGCCCUCUGGGGCCUCUGCCAGAUCGCCGGCGACCACACGCCCGCCGGCCACGCCCACUGGAAGGCCGAGAUUGGCGCCCCCGCCGACGGCACCCGGCGCAAGGCCAAGGCCCGCGACACCUGGAUCCCGAAGCCCCAGCUGGCGGAGAAGCGCGAGGCCAAGCGUAGCCGCGGCUGGGUCUGGCCCGAAGAUCCCAUCGGCAGGAAGGAAAUGGGCAAGCGCGGCGUAAAGUAUGGUGGCUUGUAA